AUGCGGGCGUGGGUGGCGAUCGGGGCGCGGUGCAGGCACACCGGCGCGCGGAGCCCCAGAAGGGCCAAGGCGGAGCCGGGCGCCAGGGCCGGGGCCGCCAUGGAACGGUGCGAUCUGAUCUACCAGUUCCUGGCUGAAUUCGUGCUGGGAGCUCCACGUGGGCAGAUCCUGUCUCCUGACGCUCACGAGUUGCCGCUUCCCGGGCCGCUGCACUCGAUCCCACUUCGUGGGGUGGACUUCUUCUUCCCGGCUGGUUGGAAGAUCGAGCCUGGCAAGAGGGUCAAGCUGCAGCUUUGGGACACGGGCGGGGCAGAGCGGUUCAGAUCAAUAACACGCUCUUAUUAUCGCAAUUCUGUGGGUGGCUUACUAGUGUUCGACCUCACAAAUCGACGAUCUUUUGAACAUGUGAAAGACUGGCUAGAAGAAGCAAAAAUGCACGUGCAGCCCUUUCAAAUUGUGUUCCUAUUAGUAGGGCACAAAUGUGACUUAGUGUCACAGCGUGAGGUUACAAGAGAAGAAGCUGAAAAGCUGUCAUCUGACUGUGGUAUGAAAUAUAUAGAAACUUCAGCAAAAGAUGCCACAAAUGUUGAAGAGUCCUUUACAAUUCUUACACGAGACAUCUAUGAACUUGUAAAAAAUGGAGAAAUCUCAAUACAAGAUGGAUGGGAAGGUGUCAAGAGUGGCUUUGUUCCAAAUGUUGUACAUUCGUCAGAAGAAGCUGUAAAGCCCAGAAGACAGUGCAUCUGCUGAAUUUGUAGCAUGCCAAAGAGCCCAUGGGGUGUUCAGAAGAUGAUGCCAACCUAAAUAACAGAAUAAUGGUUUUGAAACAGUAUUAGAUCAUGAUAUAGCUGAAUCAUAGAACAGUAAUUUGUUUUUGUAUCCUUCUGUCUAGGUCAUAAUUCAUAAAACUUUAAGUGCUUUUUUUCUUUACAGAGUUCGAUAACUUUAUGUGGUCUUCAGAAAAAAAAAUUAUAUAUUGCUAAAGGGAAAACUAUGGCAAGACACUGAGAAAGCGCAAUAAUCAUUGUGACAGCAUCCUCGCUUGGGCUUUGUAUUUUGAAUACUGUUUAAAAUUCAAGGCUUGAUAGGUGAGGAUCAGAUGACCUCAUUACUUUUGUUCAUCCUGCCUUAGCUUUGGACAAGAAAAUAUUAUAACUUAUACUUUUUUAAUGUGAUUCUUUACUCAAGUGCAGGGUUGCUAAUGACUAUUAAAGUUUAGAAUGCUGUAGAAUUUGAUAAUAAAGAUAACUCUAAAGAAAGCAAA